UCAAUGGAGUGUUCGAGAGAGAAAUUUUAGAAUUAGUUAUAAUAAGGAUAUAGUUAUUCUUAAACAUCUUAAAAAGAUUCAGAAAAUAUGUCAUGAUUUUUUAAAUGAGAUUUAUAUUAAUUUAAUGGAAAAUUGGGAUGCUAAUCUUUUAAAUAGACCAUGUUCUAAAGGUAUUGAAAAGUCUAUUGAUGAUAUUCGUGAUAAGGAAGGUAGAAAAGAAAUAUGUUUCCCAGACAUUGAAACACAGGCGCCUAUCAGAAAAAUAAAAGCACAAGCAAUAUAUAGCAGCAGACCAUUAAGUUCUUUGAUUAACACAGCUCUAUGA